AUGCCACCUCGACCGUUUCCACAAGCUCUGAGUAUAGGCACGGAUAUAUGCCACCACCCACGCUUUGCAAAAUACUUUCCGGUUCACCAACAUCUAUCCAGCACAACCAGCGCAAUAUCAUCACAAACGCUGCUCUUUCACCUUUUCGACAAGGCGUUUCUGCCCUCGGAGCAACGGGCAUUCUGGCGACGGUUCCAAGAUACUCCUUCUUCAUAUCGAAAAUGUGUGCCUGGUGAGAAUGCGGAAAAGCAAUCACGGCAAUGGGACGAGCAAAAAGCAAUCGAAGCAGCGAGAUAUCUAGGCGGCAGAUGGGCAGCCAAAGAAGCAGUCAUCAAAGCCUUUACCGCAGAAAAAAGAUUACUGCUCAGAGAUGUGGAAAUCAGGGCAGAAGGGAAGGGCAAGGCACCCUAUGCAGUUGUUCUGGACGCCGGCAGUGAACAAAUGCCAAAAAAUCAAUCUGCCAAAGACGUCUACAAGCAAUUGGUCAAGAGAUGGGAAUUACGAGAAGAGUUGAAGGAAUUGCGGAAGAGUGAUGGUGGCAACAAUGGUCUUCGCAUUGUCAAAAAGUUCAGUUUGAAUCGGCAUACGGCACGAGAGCAGGAGAUGAAGAAGGCAACGCCACAACCUCAGCAAGGGAUUGCCGUUCCGGAAAACAUGCAGUCGACCUCUUCGACCAUUACUCCAGAAUCCACUUCUGCUGCUCCCAACACCUCCACUGCUCCCAUCCUCUCCAAAGACAGCAUCCUCGACCUCUCCGCCAUCACCCAGAUCCUUGAACAAAACCAACAAACCACCUCCCCUACCUCAACAACAUCUCCUCAAACACCAGAGCCAGAACAAGAUCAAGACACCGAUACAGGAAACGAGCAAACAAGAGAGCCACAAAACGCUCACCAGACCCGUUUGGAAGAAGAAAUAAACCGUCUACGCAGAGAAGAACACCAACAACAAGAAGAUGCUUGGAAUAAUCUACAGGGCCAGGUGGUCAAGGUGAGUAUUUCACAUGAUGGCGAAUAUUGUGUUGCCACCGCUUUGGCUGCUGUUUGA